CUCGAACUUCAAGUCAGUCAAUUGUGCAAAAGAUGCUUGGUGUCCACACGUGGUUGCGGAGUUCCACCGCCAUGGCAGGCCAACGGCGCUGGCUGUCUGGGCGCAAGGACGUCGCAUGUGAUUUGGCGGCAUCUAGCAUUCGCUUUGGUGCGGGCGUCACGGCUGAGAUCGGCAUGGAUCUCAAGGAAUUGAAGGCACGGAACGUUGUUGUGUUCACCGAUCCCCACCUAAGAGACCUUCCAGUGGUGCACACGGUUCUGGACUCGCUGGCGGACAAUGGCAUCCGCGCGCACGUGUUCGACCAAGUCCGGGUAGAACCGAACGACAUAUCGUUCCAGCGCGCUAUUGCAUACAUGAACGAACUCGCGGUGAGCGUGGAUGCGAUCGUCGCUGUGGGGGGCGGCAGUGUCAUCGACACGGCCAAGAUCGCCAAUUUGUACUCGAUGUUUCCUCCCGAUGAUUUUUACGACUACGUGAAUCCACCGGUGGGCAAAGGCAUUCCCGUUCCCGGGGCGUUGCGUCCGCUGUUUGCAAUCCCGACCACGGCGGGGACGGGCAGCGAAACAACCGGAGUGGCGAUAUUUGACGACACGCACACCAAGAGCAAGACCGGCGUGGCCCAUCGACGGCUCAAGCCGACCCUUGGCAUCGUGGACCCCCUCAACACGGCGACUCUACCGCCCAACGUGGCCAAGUACUCUGGCUUUGACGUGCUCUGCCACGCCAUCGAGUCGUUCACAGCCCUCCCGUUCACCGAACGGCCGUACCCAGCAUCUCCUAACCAUCGCCCUGCGUACCAAGGCUCGAACCCAAUUAGUGACAUUUGGUCACUGCACGCGUUGCACCAAACAAAUAAGUUCCUGCGGCGCGCAGUGAACGAUGUGUCGGACGUCGAGGCCCGCAGCGCCAUGCUGCUGGCCUCGACCGCCGCGGGAAUUGGCUUUGGAAACGCCGGAGUGCACUUGUGUCACGGCAUGAGUUACCCCAUCGCCAGCCAAGUAAGCUCGGACAACGGUGCGGUAUUCAAGCUAACUGGAGUGUGGGAUUGUACAGGUCAAAUCGUACGUUCCUCCUGGGUACGACGUCGAUCAUCCCAUGGUUCCCCAUGGACAUUCGGUCGUGGUUGCCGCUCCAGCUGUGUUUCGCUUCACCGGUAAAGCCAACCCAGACCGGCACAUGACGUGCGCUCUGGCGUUAGCACUUGGGACCGACAGAUGGUACAAGUACGAUCAAAUGACAGAAAAGGCCAAGGCAGAGGGGGCCGGCGACAUCUUGGCCGACGAAGUGCUCCGGCUGAUGCAAGAUUUGGAUGUUCCGUUGGGAAUUGGGCUGCUUGGCUAUACCUCCAGCGAUAUUCCAGCGUUGGUUAAGGGUACGUUGCCCCAGCACCGAGUGACAAAGCUCUCCCCUCGUCCUGCCACCAAAGACGACCUUCACCGGUUGUUUGCAGAUGCCUUGCAAUAUUAACCGGAUGAAUGCAGAAAUGCCAUUGGCUAUAAAUGAUUGCUUGAAGCAGUAUGAUUCGUUAAAUUUGUUGAAUGCAAGGUCCACGUGAAC